ACAAAUUAGUAAACCUAGUAAAUCAAACUCUAUGUUUGUUGUUUAAGUUGUGUGUUACCUAUUCCGGAAUGGCAUGCUAGCGCUGCUAACUAAUGCUAGCUGUGACUCGGACGUACACUUACGCGUUCCUCGCUGCUAGCAAAGUAGAUUUUGUGUUUUUAAGAGUUGCUGCCAUGCCUGCUGGAAAGUCGACCACCAAGAGGAAGUCUGAGGUUGUUUUAGAAGAGGUGAAAACCGAACCCAAGAGAGUAAAAGUUUAUCACAGGAGUCAUGGCACAGACCCUGGUCAUGUUCUUGUUCUGGGCCAGGGUGAUGUUGGACAGUUGGGUUUGGGAGAGGACAUCAUUGAGAGGAAGAAGCCAGCUCUAUUGUCCCUGCCUGAGAAGAUAAUACAGGUGAUAGCUGGAGGAAUGCACACUGUGUGCCUCAGCGAAACGGGUGUGGUUUACACAUUUGGCUGUAAUGAUGAAGGGGCUCUUGGUCGGGACACUAAAGAGGAAGGGUCUGAGAUGAUUCCAGGGAAGGUGGUGCUGGAAGAGAAGGUGGUUCAGGUGUCUGCAGGAGACAGUCACACAGCCGCACUAACAGAGGAGGGAACAGUGUAUGUGUGGGGCUCCUUCAGGGAUAAUAAUGGUGUUAUCGGGCUCUUGGAUCCAUUACAAACAGCUGCUCUCCCACUUAAACUACCCAUGACAGAAACCGUUGUGAAAGUAGCAUCAGGUAACGACCACCUGGUAAUGGUGACCAUGGAGGGAAGGCUCUACACGUCAGGCGCUGCGGAACAAGGACAGCUAGGCAGGGUGCCUGAACAAUUCUCAGUCAGGGGAGGCAGGAAAGGCCUUGGUCGUUUAUUGGUUCCUCAGAUUGUGAAAGUCAAAGGGAGGGUUCACUUCAUCGACGCCUUCUGUGCAGCUUAUGCCACCUUUGCUGUGUCAAAAGAUGAACAGGUGUAUGGAUUCGGCCUCUCCAACUACCACCAGUUGGGCACCAGAAGUACAAAGAUGUGUUUUGUCCCUGUGAAACUGACUUCCUUCAAGAAUUCCACCACAGCCUGGGUUGACUUUUCCGGAGGACAACAUCACACAGUUUGUCUCGAUUCAGAAGGACGGGUGUACAGCUUGGGCAGAGCAGAGUACGGUCGCCUUGGUCUCGGCGAAGGGGCCGAAGAGAAAAGUGAGCCCACCCCUGUGGCCGGGAUAGAAUCGGCGAGAGGGGUGACCUGCGGGGCGUCCGUCAGCUAUGCCGUCACUAAAGACGGCUUUGUGUACGCCUGGGGAAUGGGCACCAACCUGCAACUCGGCACGGGAAAGGAAGACGACGAGUGGAGCCCAGUGAAGAUGACCGGCAAGCAGCUGGAGAAUUGCGCAGUACUGAUGGCGUCCAGCGGAGGGCAGCACACAGCUCUUUUGGUUAAAGACAAAGAGGAAAGCUGAUGUUCCUCUCAGGCAUGUAAUGAUACUUCUGACUGUUUACUGUUCCUACAGUGAGAGUGAUAUGUCUUUAUGUGGCGUUCUACGCUCAGCUAAGUAAGUGCAGGGGAAUCACGGCUAAGAAAGUACUGACGUUCAACCCCGUCAGGUAAAAUUCCCUUGCUGAUGUUUCAGUAUAUUGUGACUAAUAGACUAUUUUUUUAAAACCUCAUCCUUCGGAUUAUCAGUAAGUCAUUUGUAUGACUGGAAGACGAUGUGUGUGGUGUUUGACUGUUGCCAUGGAUAUAAAUUUUUUAUUAAUUUUGAUUGCAUGGAUGCUGAUGACAGGAUAUUUUUACCCAUAGAGUUUAGGCGCUAAACUGCUGUUCAGAGGGCACUCAUGUUUUCACUGUUUGGGUAACAACAUCCUGUAUUUUGCUACUGUUCAUGUCUGAGAAUAAAUUUUAGAUUUUA